AGUCACCGGUUUUGUCUUUCCUCUGUGUAAUACAAUGGAAAGCAGGGUAGGAUUUCUAGAAGAUGUGAAGAAAAUGUUGCAAACGGCGAAGGACACUUCACAGGACAAGCUACUUUUUAAUUACAAGGGGAUAUUAUUCCCUACAUCACUUUGCAGUAAUGAAACAUUUAAAGCUAUGGAAACGUUUGAGGCCAGAGAGGAUGAUGUAUUCUUGGUGGCAUAUCCAAAAUGCGGAUCAAACUGGUCCUUGCAGUUGUUACAUGACAUGGUACUCGCCUCUUACAACAAACAUCCAUCAUCAAACAUCCCCUUAAUAGAGUUUGGAGCUCCUACCAAAUAUGAGAAACUCAAAGAAGAAUCCUCACCAAGAGUUUUAGCAACACAUUUGUAUUAUGAUAACAUACCCCAGACUUUUUUGGAUAAAAAAACUAAGAUGCUAGUCAUGUUUCGGAAUCCAAAAGAUACAGCAGUGUCCCUUUACCAUUUCUACAACAACAACCCCAUGCUUCCCAGCUACAGCUCGUGGGAUGCGUUUUUCCCAGACUUCAUAAAUGGAAAUGUGUGCUUUGGCUCAUAUUUUGAUCAAGCAGUUACUUGGAAUAAACACAUCGAUGAUAGUGGCGUUCUUUUGAUGACCUUUGAAGAAAUGAAACAAGACUUGGAGUCCUCAGUAAAGAAGAUUGCUGAAUUCUUUGGGUUCACCUUGACAGAGGAGCAGGUGAAAAGUAUUGCCAAUAAAGGCACAUUCAAGAACAUGAAGGAGAAGUCCAAAGAAACUCAUGGCGAUUUUGGACAAGUUGUCUUUAGGAAAGGUGAUGUUGGUGACUGGAAAAAUUACUUCACUGAAGAUCAGAACCAGGAAAUGGAUGCAAAAUUUGAGGCGUGUUUAGCAGGAACAAAACUCGGAGAGCUGCUUAAGUAUAAUGUUUACUGCAAGUAAUAUAUGUCGGCAUAAAAGGAGCGGAAACAACACACCCUACGGCCAUCUUCAUCACUU